AUGCAGGUCCAAAAAGGGAGCUUUUUCAAAGCCCUAGAGGGAGCGCAGAGAGACGGUGUCAGUCCUUUACGUCUCAUCCAGCUCAGGUCUCGCAGCGUUGUGCUGACAAGACAGCGAGGGGCGGCGGGUGACGGGCGGCCCGGCGUUUGCACGGGCUCAGCGUUCAGAGAGCAGGUCCCCCUCCGUCACCUCGUGGAGGGGAGACUUUUCUGGGCCCUGGCCCUGUGGUGGACCAGCAACUUCUCCAUGGUGCCCCCCCCCCCACCCCAUUCCUCACUCAAUGACAGGCUUCUAAGAAGGACAGUCCACUUAUUCAUGUACGUUCCCAGAGCCCCAGCAGCCCAGCUCCCCAACUGUCCCUCAAAGACCAUGGAACAAAGGCUAUAUUCUGUCACAGGAGAAUGGAGCGGGGGGGAAUUUAAGCGUGUGGCAGUGGUGACCUACUUACUGUACAACAGUAACCUCACACUGGCUCCCCUCGUCUGGAACUCCUGGUUUGGAAGUGAGACUGACAACAAUGUCAUAAAAUGUGAGAGCAGGCAUCAAUGGGUUGGGUUCAGUCCCCUGAUGCCUUCUGGUGUGUCUCUGCUCUCCAUGGGCAAACAGUUGUCCCUGCCAGGCAGUCGGCAAGAAGGAGGCCAAGGAAAGGAGAAGAAGUACAUCAUCAUCAAAGACAUCCAGGCUCUCCGUCUUUCCUACCUCAGCCACGGUGUUGCCAGACAAAACUCAGCAGCCUUCCCUCCUCAGAGUUUGGUGUGCGUGUCCAUUAGCAGCCUGUGUUCGGCUCCAGUCUGUCUUGGUGUGGAGCCAGAGGGUGAAGACGGCAAUUUGAAUAUUCCGCUUGUCUGGGAGCUGUCGCCAGUGGAGCAGCUGACAGCGCAGGCUGAACGCGCGGGGCUGCUGGUUGGCGCUGCGCUUUUGUGGAGCAGACGUGGAGGGGGAAAGGAUAGCUCUUCCGUAUCCCUGCUCGCUUUCGCUCCCACCUCCUGUCCUUUCAUUUCGGGAUACUUCCAAGAUGUCAGAGGGAAAGAGCGUCGCGCAUGUAAAGCUGGUAGGUGUCUGGCACCCCCUCCCCUGCGCGCGCAGAGGUGUCUGACUUGGUGUGGAUGUGAAAUUGGGCUCAGGUUUGGCUUGUGGCGGCGCCCAGACACGCCGGGGGUGAAGCGCCUUGGGGAUAGAGAUGGGGGGCCGAUUGAUUCCGCCUUCCUGCUGUGCCAGCUGUUCAAACAGAGCAGAACUACAAUGAAAACGGACCGAAUCCAAUCGGCCCCGGAUACACGUGUUUCCCAUGAUCUCACCUACUGGCACCAGGAGCCAGGGACCGGGCCCAUUACUGACAUCAUCCUGCCCAGCCGAGAAGCCUCCUUUGGAUGUCCUUCACACAGUGGAGCCCUCAUCAGCACUACUGACGGACAGUCAAAAGAAUACCGGAAAACUUACAUGGCUUUCAAACGAAAAGGCUUUGAGAAACAACAUCCAAGCACCACCAACACUGAUGUUCAAACUCCAGAUGGGAUCCUUCACCUCAACAAGGCGGAGGAAAAUAGAAAGGAGACGGAGAGCUUGGCUGUAAUUGGCCAGCUUCUGUGGGAUUUGAUGUCACCUUUAGAUUGGUUUAACUGA